AUGGCCACCACCAAGAAAGCUGCUGAAUCGACGCUCUACCAUCUCAGCUCAAAGGGAAUCUGGAAGAAAUUCCGGGACGUGGUCGCCGUGAACCCAGAGAUUUCGACCGGGCUGCCUAUUGCCAGCAUCAACAGAUAUCCUCCUCCUGGUUCGAGACCGGAGAAGUACAACACACCCGCCACCAAAGCCUCCGACCCCGCUCAAAACCCAUACUGGAAACGCGAUGUACGGCGCGCAUACCCAAAGCUCUCCGUGGUCACCCAGCUAGAGCUUUCUUCGCUGUUGAUUGAGCAUUCGCAGGCCCCGUCCGUGGCCGCCCCCGCCGCUGAAGGCAAGGAAACAGCAGUGUCAGCCGUGCCCAAGGAAGUCCCAGACCUCUCGGCAGCCAUUGCCACCGUCACUUCGGCCAACAAGGUGUAUACAGAGUCCAAGCUGCCCCCCGCGAUCCCUACUUCGUACAAACGAUGGAUUCCCAAGCGUGCUCCAGAUGCACCGCACGACCCCAGUGCUUUCUUCCCGUUGAAGCAGUACAUAUAG